AAUUGUCAAUUAUAGAAUUAUUUUUAUUUUCUUCUGCAUAAUAAUCAACGAAAUACAAAAAAUAGGGUUUCCAUGGAGUAAAGUUUCUAUAUCUGUAGGCAUUUUAAUUUUAGCGAGUAUGGCAUGGAGAAGCCACGGAAUAAACAACGCCGAUUUGGUUCGAAAUCUCAGAGCAAAUGGCAUCAUAAAAACUGACACAGUUGCAAAUGCAAUGGUUGCUGUUGAUCGGAAGAAUUACUGUCCACAUGCUCCAUACCAUGACUCACCACAAUCGAUUGGAUACUCUGCUACUAUAAGUGCACCCCAUAUGCAUGCCCAUGCAUUGGAGAUACUAAGAAAACAGUUAAUUCCGGGUGAGAAAGCCUUGGAUGUAGGUUCUGGAUCAGGUUACCUUACAGCUUGUAUGGCUUUCAUGCUGGGUGAGACUGGAAGGGUGAUAGGCAUUGAACAUAUACCUGAUUUAGUCACAUUGGCAACUAAAAACAUUAAAGUCGAUAAUCCGGAGUUACUUACCUCAGAGAGAGUUAAACUUGUUGUUGGUGAUGGACGCCUGGGCUACCCUUCUGAGGCUCCAUACAAUGCAAUCCAUGUUGGAGCUGCUGCCCCAACACUACCUCGGGCUCUUGUGGAACAAUUGAAACCUGGUGGAAGACUUAUUGUUCCUGUGGGCCCCGAGGGAGGUGAGCAGCAUCUAACCCAAGUGGAUAAAGCACUUGAUGGUACCACCACAAUAAAGAAGCUUAUGAGUGUUAUUUAUGUCCCCCUGACCGAUAAGAACCAUCAAUAUCGUCCGUGGAGUUAAAGUUUGAAAGCCUUUGAAUGAUAUUUUAUUU